AUGACAUCAAUUUUUGCUACUAUUGACAACAAGACCUCCAUUUACCAAUCUUGGAUGGAUAACAUGUCAGACGAAGAUACUUAUGAAAUCCCAUUACAAGACCAGAGAGUUUUCGGAGCUGGUAUCAAGAGGAAACGCGUCAAGUUUGUCCCAUCAACGUCAUCCUCCACGGUCCAACCAACGCCUUCCUCAAGCUCUGCGAAUUCUAUCAGCGAUUUCUAUCUUAAACUUGUUCUUCCGAAAGACUCACCAGCCCCUGAAACUAUUUCAUCAGAGGACUCUAUACCUUCAGGAGUUUCGGCAUUAUGUGGAGUCUGUAAGCUACCACUAUCCACAGGUCCUGAGACGAUCGUGAACAAGGAUAAGGCCGACUUACCAAGUACAUCAAAUCCCACAUCUUCUACUAAACCACGACCCCACGAAGCUUCUUUAGCACAUCAAAUAUGUUUAAUACACUCCCACCCUCCUUCACAUGUCGACCGAAACAGAAAAGGCCUUACAUAUCUCUCAUCAUAUGGUUGGGAUCCCGAUUCUCGUCUUGGUCUUGGUGCAUCGGGUCAAGGUAUUCAGUUUCCAAUCAAGACAAAACCAAAAGAUGACAAGCUGGGUAUCGGUGUAGUGCUGCCAAAGGAGGGUGAAAUUAGAAAGAAGUGCAAGAUACAAAAGCUUGAUGCUGGGAAGGUCAGGAAGUUACAUGAAAAUGAUAGGAGGAAGGGAGAGAAGUUGAGGGAAAUGUUCUAUAGGAAUGAUGAUGUGGAACGAUUUUUAGGAGGUGGAUGA